AUGAUUGCGCAGCAGGAUGACGAGGAAAUGUCUCUUCUGCAACGGCCUGAGCGGCCAACGGCCAAGACACCUCUUCCCUGGGAUCAAUUUUGGAUUUUACUGUUCUUGGAGAUGCCAGAUCCUGUUUCUUCUUACAUCCUUGCCCCCUUUGUUCCCCAACUCAUUAGAGACAUUGGAGUCACUCACGGAGAUGAAUCCCAGGUCGGUCACUAUGUCGGCAUCCUGCAAUCAUCAUACUAUGCAGCCCAUACCCUGACCAUCUUUCAUUGGAGCCAACUGUCUGACCACAUCGGGCGGAAGCCUGUAAUUCUGACAGCCCUAUCAGCAAUUUCCAUAUCGAUGUUUUCAUUUGGGCUGUCGAAGACCUUCUUCGGUCUGGUAGUCAGUCGUGUUGUGUGCGGAGCAUUUGAUGCGAGCAACAGCGUCAUCAAGAGCAUGCUGAUGGACAUCACUGACGUAACCAAUAUGCCUUUGGCAUUCAAUUAUAUACCAAUUCCGUGGAUGAUCGCAAGCACAGUUGGACCACUUAUUGGGGGAUCGCUCUCCCGACCGGCAGAUAGAUUUUCUGACAUCUUUGGACGAUCAGAACUCCUGAAAACCUACCCAUAUCUCCUGCCGUGCUCUAUUUCGGCAUUUUUUACAUCAAUAGCUUGGCUAGUCACGUAUAUCCGUCUUAAAGAGAGCGUUUCCACCAGGACACCGCUUUGGGAGCUAAUUAAAGGAUUCUUCGGACAAUCAUAUUCGAAGUCUUGCCAGCCGUCGAGCAAUGCUAUAGUUGAUCCUGGGGAAGCGAAUGCUGGAGAAUCUCAAUCAAAGCCGCUUCCGCUGCGUGCUUUACUAACCCCGAAAGUGUUGAGCGUGACGGCAAGUUAUGCCAUGACAGGCUUGCUUCAAAUGUCGCUCAGUUCGGUCCUACCUAUUUUCUAUGCGACACCAAUUGAACUUGGUGGUCUUUCCCUUGACCCUCCUCGCAUCGGCACGUUGCUCGCAGCACAAGGUGCCGCACAUGGCGUAUUUCAGCUACUUUUCUACGCUCGUUUACAUGAUCGCUUCGGCGCAGGAGCUAUCCAUAUGACCGGCGUUAGCUCCGGCAUACCCACCGUCAUUUUAUUUCCAGUGAUCAAUGCUCUGGCUCGAGUCCAUGGGAUAGGUAUGGCUGUGUGGCUGUGUGUUGCCAUCCAGCUUGCGCUGACAACUAGCCUGAUCAUGUGCUACCCCUGCAUAACGUUAUUCAUCAGAGCAGCAGCUCCCAAUAGCGCCUCGCUCGGAGCAACCAAUGGAAUCGCCCAGGUGGUUGUCGCGGUAGCAAGAAUCAUCGGUCCGGCGUCUGCAGCUUCGGUCUUCUCUUACUCAAUGGAGGCAGGGCAUGAUGCGUGGUUGAUAUAUUACUUUUUGAUCACAAUUGCAUUUCUCGCAGUAGGUACUUCUCUGUUACUUCCCCGUGAUCCUAGUGUAUGGGAAGAUUCCCAAUAA